UGCUGACUGUGCAGGAGACGUUCCUCUAAAGAGAGGAGGGGCCUUUUGCGCGCUGGUCGGAGGUGUCUGUCUGCCUCACGUCCGCGCUCGGGCUCACGCUCAGAACGCACACAGUGGCGGUUUUGAUCGAGAUCAACGUAGAUUCUCAUCACCAUUGGAGAGACAGAAAGAGAGAAAGAGAGAGAGAGAGAGAGAGAGAGAGAGAGAGAGAGAGAGAGAGAGAGCGAGAGAGCGAGAGUGAGAGAGAGAGAGCGACUGUACACAUGGAUGUGCAGACGAGGAGUGCAAUAAUAAUUUGGAUUAAUUUGACAGCCAGUGCGCGGGAUUUGUGGACAUAAUGGGCAAUACGACACCGAAACCGUUAAUAGGGUCGCAGGGCGUUCCUAUCCCAGUUUACCUCGGGCAAAAGGCAGACUACACCCUGAAAGGCGAAAGGCAGACUACACCCUGAAAGGCGAAAGGCAGACUACACCCUGAACUGGUUGUCAUUCAGUCACACGCCACAUAUAGAGACAGACAACCAUUCAGACUCACAUUCACACUGUCACUGAAUGGGAACUAAACCCACGCUGCCUGCACCGAAGUCAGUACCACUACACCAUCAGCAACCCUGCUUUUUAAACAAAGUAAACACAUGAGACAAACACAGAGACAGCAAGAUGUCUUCUUUGUUGUAAGGCAAAUUACUGCCACCUACUGCCUGGGAGAAGUCUGCUGAUUUUGGCAUUUAAAUUUGAGAUGCGACUCUGCAACCCCGUCCAGUGGAAAACAGGCAUUAUUACAACCUACCCAAUAAUGAGAGCGGACUUGAAAGAAGGUCCGCACAUCCACUUCGCGUCGGUAUGGAGUCGCCCCGCUUUCACCCCCUCGCCAAGGGAAAGAAUAUUAGGCUGGAUGGACAGCUACGUCGCGCCACUCGUAAGAACAGCUUCUGCAAUGGCAUCACCUUCAGUCACAGGCCCGUCCACCUCUACGAGAAGGUGCGGCUUCGUCUCACCGGCGUGCACACCGGCUGGAGUGGAGCUCUACGCUUUGGUUUCACGAGUCUGGACCCCAGCGAUUUGAUUAUAUCCGACAUCCCCAAGUAUGCUUGCCCAGAUUUGGUGACGCGGCCUGGCUACUGGGCCAAGGCGUUGCCUGAGAGACUUGCCCUGAAGGACAGUGUGCUGGCAUUCUGGGCCGAUCGCCACGACAGGGUCUUCUACAGUAUCAACGAUGGCGAGCCAAUCCUCUUUCACUGUGGCCUCAACAUCGGCUGUCCACUCUGGGCCAUCAUAGAUAUCUAUGGCAUCACUCAGGAGGUCACGCUACUUGAAAGCACAUUUGCUGAGAGCGUUGGAUCGAGCUGCCUGAGCGCAGCUCGCCUGAGUGCCUAUCUGCCCCAAAGCAGCCAUGACUCGGCCAAUUACAACAACAAUCAACUAGAGAACAACCAGGCUGCCGCAGCCAAGAUGGCCAACAUCCAGCUCAAUACUUACACUCAGCUAAUCCCUUGCUACUCUUCCCACUCUUCUUCCAUCAUGCCAGCCUCAUCUGCCACCGGAUUCUCCAGGGUGGUCCGCAGCCAUCCCUCCCUGCUGGACAGCAACUUGCACUUUCACCCCAUCCGCGGCUCUGACAUCGUACUGUCUGCAGACCGCUCAGCUGCCUGUAUCCACUUUCUGGACAGCAGUCGAACUAUUGUGUUCAGUGAUCGGCCGCUGCACACGGGAGAGACUUUAUACGUUGAGGUUGGCCAUCUGGGUCUGCCUUACUUUGGGGCGCUUUUAUUUGGUUUGACGUCCUGUGACCCAGCUAGUCUACACGCCGGGGACCUGCCGGCAGACCCUGAGGUUCUGCUGGACCGUAAGGAGUACUGGGUGGUGCAUCGUGGCUUCCCCAUGCCGUGCUCCGGAGAUGUGCUCAGCUUCAGUCUGCUGCCAAAUGGAGAGGUGCACCACGGGGUGAAUGGAGUGGGCCGUGGCAGGCUGCUUUGUGUGGACUCAUCACAGGUGCUGUGGGCCUUCUUCGCAUUGCAUGGGGCUGUCAACAGACUCAGGAUACUUGGAACACUGCAGCCCAGUCCUCCCUCCACAUCUCCCGGCAACUCCCAGAGCAGUAGUCCAGACGACAGUGAUUCAGAUCUGGCCUUCAGCGUCAACAGAUCCUCCUCUGCGUCUGAAUCCUCGUUAGUGACGGCUCCCAGCUCCCCUCUCAGCCCUCCCGUCUCUCCCUGCCUGGCUGGCUCAGAGUGGCCCUCCUGUGAAAAGAACGGGGAAUGCACCAUUUGCUUCGACCAAGAAGUGGACACAGUCAUCUACACGUGCGGCCACAUGUGUCUGUGCAACGACUGCGGACUGAAGCUCAAGAGGCAGAUCAACGCCUGCUGCCCAAUAUGCAGGAGGGCCAUCAAAGAUGUGAUUAAAACAUACAGGCCAUGAUGACUGUUGGCAUGGAAGUGCUCGUCUCCUUUUCUCAGGCAUGGUUGGACGCCAACUGCAGAUUGGCCAUUAGAGGACAUUUGUGCCUAUGGGAUUUUAUAUGUUAAUCAUCUCUGGAGACAACAAACAAGGCUUCGGUUUCUAAUCAUCAUCUUACCAAAUAGACUGCAUAUAUGAACGCCUAUAUUUUUAGUAAAGAAAGAUGUGGCAAACUAUGUGCCGCUGUUCUUUAAUCAUCAUAAAUUCUGAGGUUAUUGUUGCAAAUGUUUUAAUGCUUCAGCUGGAAAAAGUGGCAAACUUUUAGUGCCUUAGAUUAUUAUUUUGUCUCAUUUUCUGUUUAAAUGAUUAACUGACAAUCCAGGCCACAUUUUUUCAUGUACAAUAAGGUUUGUGAUUGAAAAAGACAGAACUUAAGCAAUAAAAUGCACCCCAAACGUGUAAGCAGUAUCCAUCCAUCCAUUUUCUGUACUGCUUUAUCCCCACAAGGGUUGCAGGCAUCCUAGAGCCCAUCCCAGCCAUUUUAGGGCGAGAGGCGGGUACAUCCUGAACUGGUCGCUAGCCAAUCGCAGGGCACAUAUAAACAAACAACCAUUCGCGCACACAUUCACACCUAAGGGCAAUUUAGAGUUUCCAAUCAACCUACUGUGCAUGUUUUUGGGAUGUGGGAGGAAACCGGAGUGCUCGGAGAAAACCCACGCAGGCACGGGGAGAACAUGCAAACUCCACACAGGCGGGGCCGGGAUUUGAUCCCGGUCCUCAGAACUGUGAGGCAGAUGUGCUAACCAGACUGUCACCGUGCCACCUGUAAGCAGUAUGUCAACGGUAAAUUAAAUCAUGUGUUUGGAGAGAUUGUUGCAAAUGAAAAGUCUGGUUUUGUACACUUAGACAAAAAUAAAGGUGAGUGAAAAGUAGUCAAUAUUAAGUGAUUGAUUUUGAAUAAAUUCUUUAUUUCAAACAUGUGUGGAAGUGAUAUAAAAAGAACAAAACAGGCAACAUUAAACAAAAAUAAAAUAAUAAAGUUAAAUUAUACAUAAUUGAAAAGGAGUAGGAAGACGUACAGCUUAUUUAUUCCUACCCCUAUCUCUAGAUCCUUAUAGUCCUAUGAAACUAUUACUUAGAAAAUCAUAGUAGUAUUGUAAUAUCCGGGAUAUAACAAAGAUACUCACAUCAAUUGUUGACUUUAAAUUUCAUCGUGACGAAUUUCUAUCUCAUCAGGAUGAUAUUAAUUUCAUCACGAUGACUUUAAAUCACAUCUCUGCUUUUUUUUAAUCACUUGGUGACCCUAACACGCUGCCGUAUGCACCACUGUAAAAUUUUUUUGAUGUUUAUCCCAUCCAUAAUACACCACCAGUCAAACCCUUUUCUUGUGUGAUAAAAUUAUUUGUUCUUUAUCAUUGUCAUUCUUUUUCUUUUCACAUUUGUUGCGAUUUUCCAGAAAAACAAAAUAAAUAAAUUAGUGGUGUGCGGGUGUUGCUGAA